AUGAAGGUUUUAUUAUUAUUGUCAGCACUGGCGGUCGCGCAUGCGCAGUUCAACAAUGGACGCAUCCUUGAACCUCCAGUUCCCGCCCAGUGCGUUCAACGCAUCAUCCAUGAAAGAUACUCCGACAAUAAGGGUUACUAUUUCUCAUGGAGGGAUCCCGCAAAAAGAGGAGUUGAAGAAGACUGGCUGAGCGCUAGAAACUUCUGCAGACAGCGUUGUAUGGACCUAGUCUCCUUAGAAACCAGCGAUGAAAACGAAUGGGUGAAAGCUCGUAUUGUUCAAGAUAAGAUCAAAUACAUCUGGACCUCCGGCCGUCUCUGCGACUUCAAAGGCUGCAACCGACCCGACCUACUGCCCAACGAAAUCAACGGCUGGUUCUGGACAGCAGAGCUCCAGAAGUUGGCUCCCACAACCAACAGGCAACAAAACGACUGGUCAGAGGGCGGCGGUAUUGGAAAACCACAACCCGAUAACCGGGAAUUGCAACAAGGCGGCGCCGCGGAACAUUGUGUAGCUAUCUUAAAUAACUUCUACAACGACGGAGUGCACUGGCACGAUGUGGCUUGCCAUCACCGCAAGCCUUUCGUCUGUGAGGAAAACGACGCCCUACUCAAAUACGUCAGAUACACCAACCCAAACCUACGCGUCUAA